AUGAUGCGUUUAGUAGUAUAUCUCGUUAUACUGAUAGCUAACUCUGAAUGUGGAGUCAUACAUUCAGGGGGACACACGACAGGAGAAGAAUGGGCAACUGAGAAAGGUUCAUCCUCCAAAGUGUCGGCGGCCGAACAUACAGCAUGGGAGAAAUCUAGUGGUAAAAAGUGGACUGGUGAAAGUAGUGGUGGUCAACAGUGGGAAAGUUCAUCGGGGGGUGCUCAGGGAUCACAGGCUGGCUUUAAAGAACAGUGGUCAAGUGGAUCACAGGGAGGGUCACAGCAGCAGUCCGGGGGAAGCUGGUCAAAAGGAUCUCAGUCAGGGUCAAAGAGAAGCUGGAGCAAAAAGUGGGGAAGCUCAUCUGGUGGUUCUAAACAGUCCGAAGGAAGCUGGUCUCUCGGAUCACAGGGAGGAAGGGCAUGGAAAAAGGAGUGGGGAACUAAGCCCGGUUCUAACAAAUUCUGGAGCACGGAAUGGGGUUCAACCUCAGGUGGUGCCAAUGGAGCUGGACGAAGCCAAGGUUCAGAACAAUGGAGCGAGGGAUCAUCUGGGGGAUCCAGACAGUCAGGAGGACAAUGGAGCGAGAGUUCACAGGGGGAAUCACAGGGGCAGUGGAGCUCAGGGGGAUCUCAGCAAUCUAGUGGAUCACAGUGGAUAGAAGGCUCUGAAGGGAGCUCAGGAGGAGCAGUACAAUCUGAGGGCCAAUGGGGCAGAACGGAAGGAGGUUCUGACGAUAGAUCUGGCAGUGAAUUUGGAAUAGAACAAUCUCAAAGCUCAAGUGGAUCAUCAGGAUCUGCGGGUUCCAGUGGUUUUGGUUCACAGUUUGCUGAAUCGCAAAGUGGUGCUGCAGCUUCGACUGAUGGAUUUGGCGGAAGUCAAAGUGCUUCCUCAAGUGGUUCAAGGUCUGGGUCUAGUGGAUUCGGAUCCAAUUUUGCUGAAUCUCAGAGCGGUGCUGGGGCUUCCACCAAUGGAUUUGGCGGAAGUCAAAGUGGAUCCUCAAGUGGUUCAAGGGCUGGGUCUAGUGGAUUCGGAUCCAAUUUUGCUGAAUCCCAGAGCGGUGCUGGGGCUUCCUCCAAUGGAUUUGGCGGAAGUCAAAGUGGAUCCUCAAGUGGUUCAAGAUCUGGGUCUAGUGGAUUCGGAUCCAAUUUUGCUGAAUCUCAGAGCGGUGCUGGGGCUUCCACCAAUGGAUUUGGCGGAAGUCAAAGUGGAUCCUCAAGUGGUUCAAGGGCUGGGUCUAGUGGAUUCGGACCCAAUUUUGCUGAAUCCCAGAGCGGUGCUGGGGCUUCCACCGAUGGAUUUGGCGGAAGUCAAAGUUCAACUUCAAGUGGUUCCACAGCGGGGUCUAAAGGAUUCGGAUCCAAUUUUGCUGAAUCCCAAAGCGGUGCAUCUGCCUCAACAGGGCAUGGCGGAAGUCAAAGCCACGCCUCAAGUGGUGCUAGUGCAGGCUCUCAUGGACACGGAUCCAGUUUUGCCGAGUCUCGCAGUGACGCGUCAGCGAGUUCAGGUAAUGGGGGAAGUCACAGCCAAGCGUCCAGUAGUUCUCAUGCAUCUUCCAGCGGAAAUGGCAGUUCUGCAGGUGCUUCCAGUGGAGCCUCUGCAAGCGCCAAAGGAAAAAAACAUUUUGGGUUUAGAGGAUUUAGACAUGGUGGCGGAGAUUAAUU